AUGAUGGCUAUUCGUGUACUACUGGAUCAUGAUGUGCUGGAAGAAAAUAUUCUGUUAUUAUCAUUGCUUAUGGCGGGAACUGGCGUACAUUCACUUGCUUAUGCUUUUCCUAAAGUUGCUUUAAUAACAACUGCAGUAGAUCCGCAUAUCAAUGAAUUAUACUAUGUCAUUCCGGGAAUGGGUAAUUUUGGCGAUCGUUAUUACGGUACUGAGGCGGUAAGCGCAUGUGAUGGUUCCUCAAGUGAUGAAGAAAAUCCAUAA